AUGGAGACGACAUCAAAUGUCUACUUGCGGAAUAUAGAUGAGCGAUAUACAGCACGAAACAUAUCUCACGAUACACAAGAAUCUUCGACAUCUGUGCGCUUCUCCGCGCCUAUUCAUGUAUCCAACCUCGACUUCGCGCAUAUCUCUCAGAACAGCCCCCCUAAAAGCGCGGUAUCACACAUACAACUAGCUGCAGGCAGUACAAAUCUUGAGACUGGAGGUGAUUCUGAUGAGUCACGGGAAGGAAGUACAAAGGAAAGCUGCAGCGAUGCUAAGGAUAUUCUUGCAUCUGCGCAUAGCAAGCGGAAAGCGCAGAACCGGGCGGCCCAACGAGCCUUCCGCAAGCGCAAAGAACAGCAUAUACAGGAUCUCGAAGCCAAGUUUUCGAAAUUGAAAGAUAGCCAACAACUGCUUCGAUCGGAAAACGAACGGCUAGUGCUCGCACUGAAACGUGUCUGCAUUGAAAAUGAGGUCCUACGCGCCUCCUUCUUACGAUCUCCCACCUCGCCACGACAGGUAGCCAUUAGCUCGCCUGUAUCAGCUACCUGUUCACCGGUCCAAGAUAACAAGGGUGUAAGAGGCAAGACUCUAGCUCCGGAGAUCGCUGGGAACGCAGAAUCUCUCGAAUUAGAAAAGAUUGCGUCCAUUUCAGAGACGAGAAGUGAGGAGACCUCCUCGAAAGAGACCUGGUAUCAGAUACAAUCAGGCCACUCUAUCGGCCAGGAGCUUGCCGACAUCGCGAGUUUUCAUGAACGACCUGCGGCAAACGAAGACUGUCAAGUUGCUCCCAAAGUCAACGUGGCUUCUGAGGAAGUGCAAAGACCGAAACAAAGUGUUGGUAUUGAGCAUGCAAGGCGGUCAUAUCUCAGCCCGAGAGGUUGGUCGUAUCUUCCGUUUUGA